AUGGAUAUUGAACAACCCAAAAAGUCACCAACAGAAGGGUUUGCCAUGGCCAGAUCUUCGUCUUUCACCGUCGCCAGUGGGGUUUCUACCAUCAUGGAUUCGCUGACCCCCAAAGAUCUGGCAACAUUGGCAAGCCUCCUCAAGCCAAUCAUGCUGGCUCAGGCUCAGGCUCAGUCCCAAGACAAACAGAAACUGGAGGAAUGUGCAGUGCCCACACUUUCGGUGAUGACUUCGGCCAGUGAUGAGGACAAGAAGGAUGACUCCGAGUGGCAUAAUCCCUACAGUGAAAGUACCUACUCACUCUUCUAUUUGUGCAGUGCCGAUAGCUUUGCAUUUUGGUAUGCUGUUUUUGUCUAUGUCAUCCAGAUCACUACCAUUCUGCUGACAUUGAUUGACAUUAUCGACUGGAGUGGAAAUGGACUCGAUAUGCCACCCAAUGUGGACUUGAUCGUCACGAUUGCUCAAGGUGUCGCCCUUUUCCAGGCCUUGGCGUUUCAAUCGGACUUCCUUGAAGUUGUCGCCAAGUUUAAAGAUGGCUUCCACCCAGAGGUGCUAGAAAAACAUCCUGGAGCAACAUAUGCUACUUGGCUUCUUUCUUGUAUUGCUCAGCUCUUUGCUGGACUACUCCUACUUUUGACCAUCUACAUUUUGACCAUGCAAGUUGACAGUGUAUUGGGAAUCAUGCUCAAUUUUGCCGCUCUCCAUUUCAUGGCGGAUAUCGACAAUGUUGCAUUUGAUCUUGCCAAGGCAGGCUUCAUGGGAAACAGCCUGCAGAGUGCUGCCAAUGAUGUCGUCAACUUCCAAGUUUGCAAACCAGCAGGAGAACAAGGAUUGUUACAACGUUCUUGGAAGGCGGGGAUUUUCCUUUUGAUCCUUGUUGUUAUGGUGGCUGGAUGGAUUACUAUUGUGGUUUUUCGAACCUCUGGUAAAUACAUGUGCAACACCGUCAUUGUGAAUAUGGGAGAUAAUUUUGUUCCCUCUCUUGGAGCUUUCAAUGGCAUCUAUGACCUGGAUUUCUCAACAGGUUCUGGUCUAGAGUGGCGAGCAGAGUAUGUGGAGAGACGCUCUGUGGUAAUCGACACUCCUGGUAGAGGCGUUUUUGGGUACUGCAAUGACAUUAACGCCUGGACUUUUCGGGUGCAGCCAAAGGACGAUCAGGAUGAUUCAGGUCCUUGUGACUGGAUUGCAAGAUCUUCCGAAACAGACACCUAUGAUAUCACAGAGACUGGGAGAAUCCAGUGGUUUGUCCGUGAUGAAACAAACCGCGAAGUGGUCCUGGAACCGUUCAGCCUCUUCUGUUUUGAUUGUUCCAAUGAAGAUGCAGAAGGAAGUGAUGACUGUGGCGGCAAAGGAACCUGCAGCAAUGCUGUCUGUGACUGUGAUGAUGGUUGGUAUGGGCUCAGAUGUGAGUUUGUCCACCCCUGCUCAUCGAUUGAUCUUGAUGCUCGGACUGAUGAGUUUGCCAGUACCAGGGAUUGGGCAAGAGGCUACCAGUCCAAUGACUUGGGCAACGGCAUGCUGGUGGAAGCAUACCAUCGACCAGUCUACAUCCAUGAAUACAGCAAUGGCGAAUAUGAUGUUGUCAUGUUCACUGGUGGACGUUGGGCUUUGACUUCUUCUGUUCUCUUGCCUCACGCUGGCAGGGUCCCUUCUAAUGCUUUAUCUGACGGACAGGAUGAUGUUGGUUCUGAUAUUGGAGACUUUUUCAAGUACACCUUUCAUGGAUUCAAGGGAUUCUCUGCCAAAAAUUUCUCUGUUGCUUUCCUCAGUGACUACAUGGAAAUGGGGACACACUUGAGCUCUAGCUCCCCAGUUGGCUUUUCUUGGUUCUUCGCUGAAGAAGCCAUCGCUGAUAACCAGAAUCAGGGACUUGGGAAUGAGAUUUCUACUGAGUUUCUGUGUCGUGCCUGUGAUGAAUCCUCAAACCCAUGUCUCUAUGAUGGAAAGUGCAGUGGUGGAGACUGUGUGUGUUCUCUUGACAGCUCUGGAAGCCUCUGUGAAAUCCCACCCGUUCGCAACGGUCACUGUGACCCCUUUUUCAACACACCUGAGUUCAAAAUGGAUGGUGGUGAUUGCUGCGAAUCUACAUGUGUCAGCACAUCUCAGUAUGCUUGUGGAGCCGAAAAAGAUGGAUAUGUCAGCACUGGGUACUUCUACUGUGAGCAACCAAAAGAUGAGUGGCAAAGAAGGCUCUUCAAUGGGGUCGCCGGCUCCUUCUCUGGAUAUGCCUUGGAUCUGUCCAGGGGGUCCUUGGCUGUGUCGGAAGUGUUGCAGGACCGUGUACGCAUCUACGACAAGGUUGGGUCCUCCUGGAUCCUUCGAGACACUAUUAUUGGGGAUGCUGGCUCAAGAUUUGGGGCAGGAGUACUGGGCCUCUCUUCUGGACCCUUCAAUGUGGUCAGCAAUCCAAGCUUCAAAGCUCCCCUUACUGUUGCUGUCCAGGAUGCCUACCGACGUCUUCAAAUCUACAAAUGCAACUUUGAGGGUUGCACCCGUUCUCAAGAGUUCCCACUGGUUUUUUCCUUUGCAUUAUCUAAUGAUGGUACAGUUCUCGCAACGUCGUUGCUUGUUGCUGCUGGCCAGGCUCCCAAUGUGAUUCGAGUCUAUGAGGCCCAAGAGGGAUUAUUUGAGUUUCGAGCAGAUUUAAAUGUUACCAGGAAUGGUACCCUGGCUGAUGUACAUUCCAUGUCAUUGAGUGGCGAUGGUAGCACGCUUGCUGUGCAGACACAGAUGAAGGAAUUCGAUACAAACCUGGGCUUUAGUGUGGCUACAAAUGAGUACAUUGUUGUCAUGGCAUGGAGUCGAAUUGUGGGUUCCUACAAUAUGGAGACUGAGAUCCGAUUUGAGUCUCAAUUGAACACACUGGGCUAUGAACUAUCAGUGGCAUUGAACCAAGACGGCACUGUUCUGGCUCAUGGCUUCCCGAAUUGCCAAGGUACUCAGCUUCAUGUUCAUGCACGAAACAAUGAUGGCAAUUGGAUUGCUCGGGCUGCCCCAGGAAUGAACACUACUGGUUGCAUUGACAAUGAGCGUCCCGAGAAGAACAAUGCCUUGUCUCUCUCAGGUGAUGGAAUUACGAUUGCCUUCAGGCUUGGUACCAAGGUUAGAGUUCUUGUUUGGGAAUCCAAAACUGAAUCCUGGGAUGAUGUUAGUGAUCCUUUUCCUUUGACCCACUACCCAAUUGCCUUGUCUUCUAAUGGCAAGGAGCUGGCAAUUGGUGCUCCUGAAGAUGGCAUUGGUGGAGUCACAGCGGUGUACUCGCUGCCAGGAAGAAAGGAGUGCCCCACUGGCAGGUCUCUCCUGCGGCUUUCCUUGACACUUGAUAGGCUCCCUGGAGAUGUUGUGUGGAAUCUUGUUAACAACAGCACAGGGGAGAUCCUGUUUGAGCAAGACUCCUACCCACAAGAAUAUGCAUUCGCAACAAUCUUGGAGGAGACAUGA